AUGCACGUAAAAGCGCCCUACGAUGAAAUUAUAAUGAGAAAGAACUGUGUUCAGGCUGCUGCUUCACUAUAUCUGUUGAUGCGGCAGAGUUUCGAAUCGGGUUCGAGCUUUUCAAAAGUGAAAAUGCAAAUUACAAUGUCACUGAGCACACUGGUUUCCACCGGCACACGUUAUGGCGAUUGGAUCAACGAGGAUUGCUUGCGGCGCAGCUUGAAAACAGUGCUGUCAUAUUCUGAAACCGAUGCUUCAACAGAUUCACAGUUACGAGGAACCACAUUUUCGGAACAGGUCAAAGAUCUGGUUUUCAAUCUGCACAUGAUCCUAUCGGAUACGGUAAAAAUGAAAGAAUAUACGAAUGAUUUUGAGAUGCUCAUUGAUCUUAUGUAUCGUGUUGCAAAAGGAUAUCAGAAUAAUCCCGAUCUCAGGUUAACUUGGUUGAUAAAUAUGGCCAAUAAGCAUGCAGCACGUGAUAAUGCAGCAGAAGCAGCACAAUGUAUGCUGCAUGCAGCUGCACUUGCUGCUGAGUAUAUAUCAAUGCGUGAGUAUAAUGCAUAUGUACCAAACGGUGCUGCUGCUUUUGAGCAAAUCAGUGAUAACAUUCUGGAGGAAAGCGCUGUUUCGGAUGAUGUUAUCAGUCGGCAUUUCACGCAAAACGGUCUGGUACAUUUGGUUGAAAAAACAGCUCAGUUCAUGGAGAAAGCUCAGAUGUAUGAGUUGAUGCUGCAGCUUUAUAAGGUUAUAACACCAAUUUUGGAAGAGAAUCGCGAUUAUCGGCAUUUGGCACAGGUGCACAGUCGAUUGAGUGAUGCUCUUGCGCGAAUUGAACCAACAGUACCACUGAUUGAAGAUAUUGCUGAUGCCUGGUACUCUCCGUUACCAAGUGCAGACAAACGUUGUUUUGGUACAUAUUUUCGAGUUGGUUUCUAUGGCAGUCGUUUUGCUGAUUUGGAUGGUGUAGAAUUUAUUUACAAAGAACCAGCAAUUACGAAAUUAUCGGAAAUAAGCCAUCGCUUAGAUAGCUUUUACACCGAUCGUUUUGGAAAAGGAGUUGUGGAAGUUAUCAAAGACUCCAAUGUUCCCUACUUGGAAAAUUGGGAACGACGCCGUCGUCCAACACAUUUUGAAAGAAAUCAUAAAUUAUAUCGUUUUGCUUACGCAACUCCUUUUACAAAAGACGGACGAGCGCAUGGCGAUUUAAAGGACCAGUACAAACGAAGAACUACUGUUUUGACGCCAAUCGAAGUUGCAAUCGAAGAUAUACAAAAGAAAACCCGGGAGCUGGCUGCUGCUACAGCACAGGAUCCACCAGAUGCAAAAAUGUUGCAGAUGGUGCUACAAGGUUGCAUCGGUACCACCGUCAAUCAGGGUCCUAUAGAGGUUGCAAACGUAUUUUUAACGAAUGUAAUCCUGGAUGAACAGGGCAAACCAGUAGAUAGACUGCAAAACAAACUUCGUCUCUGUUUCAAAGAUUUCUCGAAGAAAUGUGCUGAUGCUUUGCACAAGAACAAACAACUGAUCCAAGCCGACCAACAAGCCUAUCAGGUUCGAUUUAUAUUUUUGAUAAAAGACAAAAGUGACUUUUUAGCUGGUCUUUUGCAAACUUUUGGGAUUAGUAAUACAGCUAACCGCAUAUUUGAUGAAGAGUGAGA